CUUUCUUCUUCUCCCAAAUCAAAAUCCUAAUAAUCCCACCUUUUUUGUUUCUUCUCUCGAUUCCGGAAACUCGCCAAGAACUGGAUACUCUGGCGGAUUCAGAGACUAAGAACCGAGACGUGGUUCUGAAACUGUAUGACGCCCUGAGAUCUAGAGACGUCGAAUCUGUUCACCGGAUCCUAACCCCAGAUCUGGAGUAUUGGUUUCACGGCCCUCCGCCGCACCAGUUUUUGAUGCGCAUCCUCACCGGAGUCUCUCCGCCGUUCGAAUUCGUUCCGCUCUCCGUCGUCUCCUUCGGAUCGACCGUCAUCGCCGAGGGCUGCGACGCCGCUAGCUCCAUCUCCUGGAUCCACGCCUGGACCGUAGCGCAUGGGAUAAUCACUCAGGUGAGGGAGUACUCGAACACUUCUCUCACCGUCACCCGUAUCGGUAACGUUGUCGCCGGACGCUCUGCUGAGAUUGCGCCGUCGCAUUGUCCCUCCGUGUGGGAAAGCCAACUCUCGGGUCGGGCUGGAAAAUCCGUCCCGGGUCUGGUUCUGGCGAUUUAGAAAGAGCCACGUCAGGGAAUAACUAAAUAAAGGCUGCUUACGUGUCAGUGUCUGGUUGGUUUGCUGUUUAUGGGUUGAAGGAUUUUCGUGCGGUUGAGACGCGGUGUGUGGCUGACGGCUAAGGCCGCGUUUUUGGCUGUCGCUAAAGUUCUUCUUUUGUUGGAUUUUUUUUUUUUUUAAUUUGCUUAAAAAAUCGUGCUUUUGUGUUUCAGUGGGUACAAGCAUGGGGAAACCCAAGUUGACUUGUCCCGUUGCGUCUGAUGUAACGUUUGGUUAUGUUAUAAUUGAAAUAAAAAAGUGCUUUAGGGAUCU